CGCGUUCGGUGGGUUCCGCGGGCUUUCUCGCAAAAGUGCGGCGGCUGCUUUUCCCAGCUUCAGCUAGGCGGCAACAAGGUUCUCGUAGCGCACCGGGCUGGCGCGGAAGGGAGCCAAUGGUCCGGCUUAGACACCUGCCUCUGCUCCUGCCCAACGCCCUGAGACACCAGCCCUGCUUUAAGGCGUUGUUUGGAGACAAGGCAUGAACAGUUCGUAGAGCAGUGUCUGGCACAUACCAAGUCUCACUGUCACCCAGGCUGGAGUGCAGUGGGGCGAUCUCAGCUCACAGCAACCUCCGCCUCCAAGGUUCAAGCGAUUCUCCUGCCUUAGCCUCUCAAAUAGCUGGGAUUACAGGUUCUGUAAUCCAAGAUGUCUAUAAAGAGCUGGGAUAUCACUAGGAAAUCAUCUUCAUCCAGACUUAUUCCUGAGUGGAAGAACUUGAAGUUCCUCAUAAAUAAGAUCCUGAAGGACAUAAAGCAAAGCGUUGAUCUCAUUUAAUGAGUGAAUGAAUUGUUUGUACAUAAAGGCUGGAAAGGAGAAAAGGAAUGAUGAUUAGCUAAUGGAAUAAGAGACUGAUGAAGAACCAAAGAAUGAUGUGGUUCUACUGAGUGACUGGCCUGAGACUCUAUACCGGGAGUCUCACCAUCCACAGAACAAACCUUUUGUCUGCUUCUACUACUCCAUCAAGGUCAACUGUUUUGUCUCCUUAAACUGGAUGGAACCCUGUGGAAAAAUGCAGGCAGUACUUUGGAUACAGAAAAAGGGUACAGAAAUGAAAGGAAUGGUAGAGAAGAUGAGGCUUCGCAUGAUGGAUCAGCUGCCGCCCAUUCAAGCAAUGGUCCACACAGGUUCCUACCACAUGUUAAUUGCUUACUGUGGUGACAUGCACCUGAGGCUUUUUGGAGAUCACCGUCGAGCGUUCAGAUUUCUGGGUACAGUGCCCUGUCAUUUCUCCACCAGCUGCCUCUUCUAUGAUCCAGAAGCUGAGUUGCUGCUAUCUGGUACCCUGGGGGCUGUGGUUACCUGGUUUAUCUUACCAAAUGGCAUGGGCAUCGAGAUGGCUCAAAUAGUACCUAUGGCUGAUCAUGAGCUUGUACAGGGAUUUUCCCUGAAUGGCCCCCAGGGAUCCCUGUUGGCUCUGUGUGAGGAUACAGUGAGGGUCUUCAUUCACCGGGGUCAGGGCCAGCUGGAAGAAGUGAAGAAGUUCACUCCUGUCGCCAGUGGCUCUUCCAUCACUUGCUCCUUUACUUGUGUCUCUCAGGGCAAUUUCUAUGUUGGAAACAGGUCUGGAGAGAUCCACGCUUGGGGUUUAGACCAAGGUAACUUCCUCCACAGCUUUCAAGCCCAUUCCUCAUCAGUGAUAUGUAUCCAUAGCCGGCCAGAGAUCCACACCUUACUAACAGCAGGCAGUGAAAGCAUAGUGAGGGAAUGGAAUCUCACUUAUGGGAACUUGCUGCGGCAGCUGAAUAUUGACGAGGAUCUUCAGAGACUGCAGUUUAUUGAUAAUACCACUUUUUUCUGCCAGACCACCUACAGUUUUUCAUUGCAUCACCUUCCCUACUUUUAUAGCCUCUUCAAUGUCUGUGGUUCUGCUCCCCAGCAGGUGCAGCGGGUCUGCUGCGGCCAUAACUGGACUCGGAUUCUAUGUGCCACUGAGGAUGGUUUAUUGCGCUUCUUGUCUCCAGCAACAGGGGAUCUCCUGGUUAUCACUUGGCCUCUACUUGUUAUGGAUAAGGCUUUGGCUUGGGCCUAUGACUUAGAGAGAGAGGAACUCUUUCUGGCAAUAGGCAGUUCAGAGGUGCUGGUGUUUGAUGCAACAUGCUCUCCUUGUACGGCCAAGUAUCUUGUGUGCACUUCAGCAGACCGUAAGGAUAGAGUAAGAUGCUUGGCCUAUGGGAGGUCCCAUCUGCAAAAAGGCCUAGGAGGAUUGAUGUUCUGUGGGCAUGACAGUGGCAUUGUGAGAACCCUUUCCCACUAUAGUUGUGCCCGAAUAGAGAAUACUGUUCACUCUGGGGCAGUAUUGGCAUUGUCUACCCUGGAAGGCCCUCAGGAAAACGCCUUGCUCUGUUCCUAUGGCAUUGAUAACAUCAUACACUUGACAGAGGCCGUGCUUCAGGUGAACAAGGUAGUCCUUCAGCCUGUCAGCAAAAUCCUCUGUGGCUGCCCCCUAAAACGUGUGAUACUCUUGCCAGGUUCUGUGGGUGCCAUCACUGAAAGCUACUGCUGGCGUCUCUGGCACUAUGAAGGCUUUCUGACAUCUUCAGAAUCAAAACAGAGCUUUGUGUGGAGAGAGACAAAAUGCCUGCAUGAGUGUGACAUCACUUCAUUUGAUGUCUGCCUUCCCCUGAAACUUUUUGUCACAGGUGGCAUUGAUGGCUCAGUCCGGAUCUGGGACUUCCACGGUAGACUUGUAACCGAGUUCGACUCAGCCCUGCAUUUUGGACCACUCUGCUUUGCCAAUAAUCGAGGUGACCUGUUGUUGACUUUCAACCAGAGUAUCUACAUAGUAUCUUGCUUAAAGCUGCUCCCUCCAGCUUAGCUGGUUCACCUGCGUAUCCUAAAAAAUGCAGAUGAAAUACAAGAAGUCCCUAAACCCUUCCUUCCUAGCUUCUUCUUUAUGUUUGAAACAGUAUUUGUACCCAGAUUUGUCUACCUUGGAAAAGGGUGGCAGGAAUUACAGGGGCUAGAGACCCUUGUCAACAAACGGUUCAUUGCUUUUGACAAUACUGUGCCUCAUGUUGUAGAAGAAGAGAGAAGCACAUCCCUUGUGAUUCAAAAGACCAAAUUUCCUCUUUUGGAGGAUAAGGAUAUUGAUUUCUCUACUCUUGAUUCCAAGUAUAAUCAUCCCCGACAUGAGGUUCCUGCUCCGUUGCAGCUGGCUGGCUGCGAUGGAUUCAAUGCCUACCAAAUGCUACAGUGCUUCUUUGGUCAAGGGCGGCAAUGGCCCUUUGCUCCUGAUGGCUACAUCCCCAACUCAGUGAUCCGUGCCCGCCUUUGGCCUGAGGGUACCCCAGUCUUCCUAUACUGUGAUCUGUAUUCAUCCUACCAAGUUAAGGACUGGGACUUGUCAUCUAUGACUCUAGUAGAAGAGAAAAUUUCAAGGAGUCAACAAAAGGAUAAAUCCAAGGUGCGAAAAGGAACUUCCCUCGAUAUUCUUGAAAGCAUGGCAAACCAAAAUUGGAUGAGAAGAAAAUAUAGUGGAAGGCUUAUGGAUGAUUUAAUAGAGGCCAUCCUCAACCUCACAAUUUACUGCUCUGUAGAGGAAUACAAGAGAUAUUUUAGGGUACUUAAACGUAUUUUUGCCACUUGCCAGAUAUCUUCAGAGUUGGUUUCUAAGACUGCCCAUCGCCUCCUACAAGAUACAACCCAUUCCAAUCCACGUAUCCGUGAACUAGCCUGGGAGGUGCUGGAUAGGCUAGGCCUCAUGAACCAUCAUUUUGCUAUUCCACUGGCUAUGGGAUUGAUGGACAGUGAUGAGAAUGUGCGGGCUAAGGCCUUAUACCUUAUGGUAAGUCACAGGCAUCCAAACCAAGACCAGGCUGGUACACCUGCUGAAGAAACAAGAAACUCUCCAGAAAAUGCAGUAAGUUGGAUGGUGACCUUCUCCUCUUCUGGUUCCUUCCAUCUCCUAUCCUCCAAAAUCUGACUGUUUCUUCCCAUUUCAAAAACGCUUUUUAAAUUCUAUUCCUUCCAGGCACAGUGGCUCAUGCCUGUAAUCCCAGCACUUUGGGAGGCCAAGGCAGGCAGAUCACCCAAGGUCAGGAGUUCGAUACCAGCCUGGCCAACAUAGUGAAACCCUGUCUUUAUUAAAAAUACAAAAAUUAGCCGGGUGUGGUGGUGCAUGCCUGUAGUCCCAGCUACUCGGGAGGCUGAGGCACAAGAAUCGCUUGAACCCGGGAGGCGGAUGUUGCGGCAAGCUGAGAUGGUGCCACUGCACUCUAACCUGGGCAACAGAGUGAGACUCAGUCUC